AUGAGUAAGGCUAACACUCCCAAAGUUGGCAGUUUCAACAAGAACGACGCCGACGUUGCCACCGGUCUUGUUGGCGCCCCCGCUUGCGGUGAUGUCAUGAAGCUCCAGAUUCGUGUUGACAAAGAUACGAAUGUGAUCAGCGACGUCAGGUUCAAGACAUUUGGCUGUGGCAGCGCCAUUGCCAGUUCGAGUUACCUGACAGAGUUGGUGCGCGGUAUGACUCUCGAGGAGGCCGGAAAGAUCAAGAAUACUGAAAUUGCUCGUGAACUUUUGCCCCCCGUGAAGUUGCACUGCUCGAUGCUUGCUGAGGACGCCAUCAAGUCCGCGAUUUCCAACUACUAUACCAAGAACCCUAACGCUCGUACGACCAACCUUGGAGGUACCGGUGCCUCUAUCCCUAACGUCAAGGUUGAGAUUGAGAAGUCCGAGGGUGCCGCUGCUACUGCUUAA